AUGCGGUUAGACCUGACAUUACUGUUGGUUUCUUUGCACAUCGCAGGAACCAAAGCAUGGAAAUGUGGAAUUGGACCGAUAAGCGGUGCUGUCUCUUAUAUAAUCGCAUUUCCAUCAGAUUCAGUAGAAGUCGAUAAGUGUUGUGCUGAGCAUGACACCCUCAUUGAUGGUCUUCAUAUACCUAGGGAAGAAGCGGAUCGUAUAUUCUGUGAUUGCUUAUCUAGUAAGGACCGUUGGUUGGUAAAUUCUUCUUCCAAGCUGGUACAUUCGUAA